GUGAGGCUAAGAUACACUUGACAUUUCUUAUUUCCUGGCUGAGCUUGAAGUUAAGGAACAAUUGUUGAAUCUUUGCUAAACCAGCAUGUUUUCUGAUCAUUCUAGCUACAUACCAGGAUAUACAGGCUUCAUUCCAAAACUCCAAAGUGUAGUUGGAGAAACCUACGGCAAUGCAACCCGAAAACUGCUUUCCCAUCAGGCCACGUUGCUACGAUUAAGCCAUAGUGAAUUCAGCCUUCCUGGGCACAAGUAUCAUCCCAGCAGGUCAGAACAGAUAAGCCAGAUAAAACAGCCUGAUAAGUGUCACUAUCCCCAAUUAACUCAAGAAGAUGGAAAUGCCACAUAUGAGUACCUGCCCACAAGCACCAAGAGACCUGGAUUUGCUCAAAACCUCAUCUACGAUGGCACUCCUCAAACCACUUCCGCUAUUCAGUCAAUGGAAAAGGUCAAAGCUGACGUGAAGCCACCAUCAAAACCAAGUACAGCAAACCAGCUCGGCCUAACCAAGCUGGCAGAGUCUGUUUCUUCUACAGCACCUGGUCUGCCGCUUGACAAGGAUCUCUCCAGGACCGUCAAUAUCUCCAUCUCCACAGCAGAAAAAGCACGAAACACAGAAGGAAUUCCAUUUUUGGCGCCAAAGAAGAGAGAGAAACUUCGAAAACAACAAGGCAAACUGAUAUACAGGACUGACUGCAACCUCCUUCCAAAUUACACUGGCUACAUUCCGGGACAUAAGUUCUCAUUUGGAAAGACCUGGGGAGCAAGCACAAGAGGUAUCCUGAGAGCAGGAAAGUGGCGGUCUGUCAUUUGGACUUCUCCCAUGUGAGCAAAGCGAAUUAAGAGCCUUCGUAAAAGGGCACGUGUUUGAAAAAGAGCAUGCAUGCACUAAUUUGGGAUCGGCACAAAUGUUUAGUUUGGCAUCAGCUUUGGAUCUGAAACACUGAAGUCAUUUUAAUUCUCCCUACGUCUUUGGAAGCAUACCUGCAUGUGUGGAGCUAGAAGACGAAGAUAUAUACGUCUACUAGGGCUGGACUGAAAUUAUGUUAAAUGCAUCACAAACAUUCCCCGGUGUAUUAAAAAACAAUGCUAGGACAGUCUUUCAGCAUUUCUUAUGAAAAAUGUUCACCUGCUUGCUUCCAUUGACAUCUUGCGCCCUCACCUGCAAAUCUGCUUGGCUGCAUAAGAUUGAGACAGCACCGAUUGUGUAGAAUCCAUAAGAUCGUUCCAGGAAUUAGGCUGCAACUGUAGCCAGGAGGUGGAAAGGGAAAUGAUACCAAACAAGACUGGAAAGAAAUAUUCACAAUAUAGCUGAUAACUAGCUCUCCUUUGUUAUUUAUAUCUUGAAAAUGUAACCUGGAAGCAUGUUGAUUUAUUGGCAAGUGCUUCAAAUAGAAAAAAAAAUACAAAUGUUGCAAAUGCAGAAUUAUACGAUUCAUGUCAACAGGAAAAAUGCUGCAUGUGAUUAAUAAAAGCAU